AUGGCUCACGUCGACAGCCCCGGCUCCGACCGGGCCUCAUCCCCGGGCCCAGCUGGCGGCCGCGACGGCCCGGCCAAGGACGAUGCCGCCCUCGGCGGCAAAGGCGCAGCGUCGGCGUCGGCGUCGGCGGCUGCGCCGAACAAGAAACGCUCCGCCCGGGCCUGCCUCUCCUGCCGGGCCCGCAAGGUCAGGUGCAACGUCGCCCUGCACGGCGCCCCCUGCACCAACUGCCGCCUCGACGAGGUCGAGUGCGUCGUCAAGCCCCGCACCCGCAAGUGGCACCUCGCCGCCGCCAUGGCCGCCGAGGCCGCCGUCGCCCAGCAGAAGAGCCUCGCGCCCAUGCUGCCGCCGCCGCAACGGCACCAACUGCAGCCGCCGCCGCCGCAGCAGACGCACCACCUCCAGCAGCAGAUGCCCAUCAGCGACGCCUUCUCGCUGAUCAACGACCUCGUCGCUGACGGCGGGCAGGUCCUGCAGCAGCAGCAGCAGCAGCAGCAUACUCAGCCGUCCAUUGGCAUCGAUAACUCGUUCCGGGCCGAGAUCACGGCCUCGGAGCCGUCAUUCUUCCUAGGGCCGGAUCUGCAGCUUGGCGGCACCGGAGCCACCGGAGGCGUCGGCGAGACAGAGGACUUUUUGACCUCGCUGACGGAUGACUCCCUGAAUUCAUUAGACGGGAGGCUCGAGGACAGACCGGACAACGACUUUCAGUUCUCCAACUUUAGCCUCGAGAAGGAGCAGAGCAGUGAUAUCUUCGCUCCGCCCUUCCAGUCCGCCCUGACUGCCCGGCCGGGCGCCUUCAUGCUCUUCUCGUGCUUCCCCUUCAUCGAGGCCGAUGCUCUCUACCGCCUACCGCCUGAGGAUGCCACAUUUCUCGAGCAGAAGGGGUGCUUUCAUAUCCCUACGCGUACUAUCCUGGAUGAGUUCAUGCAGCAGUACUUCCUCCACAUCCACCCCAUCUUCCCGCUCCUCAACGAGCGCGACUUUUGGACGGCCUACUCGGCCAGGACGCCCGGUGGUGCUCGGAUACCGCUGUUCCUGAUGCAGGCGAUGCUGUUCACUGCCAGUCCGUAUGUUCAAUUACAGACACUGAGGACACUCGGCUUCGCGACGGUGAAGCAAGCCCGCAACAACUUUUACUCAAAAGCCAAGGCCCUCUUCGACACCGACCCCUACCGAGACGACAUCAUCAGCGCCCAGGGCGCCCUCAUGCUCACCUACCACGCCCCGACCACCAACGCCUCCAUCAGCACCUACUGGCUCAGCACCGCCGUGCACUUCGCCCGCAGCGCCCGCGCCGACACCUUCGACACCUUCGCCAGCAGCACCGGCGACGGCACCCCGGCCGGCAACGCCCAGGCCCAGCGCACCGCCACCAUCCUCAAGCGCCUCUGGUGGUGCUGCAUCAUGCGCGACCGCAUCAUGUCCCUCGGCCUGCGCCGCCCCCUGCACAUCGGCGCCGCCGACGUCGACGCCGACCUGCCCGGCUUCGCCGAGCGCGACUUCGCCGACGAGGUGCGCGGCUCGCUCGUCUACGGCCCGGCCACCAAGCAGAUCCUCGUGCAGGUCGCCGUCUCCUUCUCCGAGCUGUGCCCCGUGCUCAACGACGCCCUGGCCAUACUGUACCCGACGCGGGCGGGCGCCGCGCUGGACAACCCGUCGCGCAGCCGGCGCGUCGCCAUGGACUGCCUCGCGCGCCUCGACCGCUGGCACGGCAAGACGCUCGCCAAGUUCCAGGUGCCGCGGCACAGCAACCUGUUCGGCGGCCCCGGCGGCGGCGUCGGCGGCAUCGGCGGCGGCGCGCACCACCAGCACGAGUCGCUGACCCUCUUCACCAACAUGAUGUACAUCUACCACUUCACGGCCAAGGCCGCGCUCUGCAACAAGCUCAUCUUCAUCUCCAUCGCCGACGACGCCGCCGCGCACGAUGGCGACGACGACGCCGGCGGCGGCAACGAGGAGCAGCGGCGCCUGCAGGUGCAGGCCGAGAUGGACCGGUCCCUGCGCGGCAUCACCGACGGCUUCAUGGAGCUCGAGAGCAUGGGCCUCGUCAAGUUCCUGACCAACACCUUCGUCGCCUUCUCGGCCUUCCCCUUCAUCUGGCACAUCCUCGACUCGAAGCUGCUCGAGUCCGAGAGCAGCAGCGGCCGGCGCGGCGGCGACGCGCGGCGCGACCUGCGCGUCUACGCCAACGUCAUGCGCGGCUUCCGCCAGCUCUACGAGAGCACCGACAGCGUGCUGCAGUGCAUCGAGCGGACGGUCAACCACGUCAAGCUCAACGAGAUGCUGUCGUCGUCGCACCACCAGUCGUCGUCGUGCUCGUCCUCGACCUCGCCCUCCUUCUCCGAGAGCUCGUGGGAGAGCCUGCUGGCCAGCACGGGCGGGCCCAUGACGGAGGCGCACGAGCCGGCGGCGGCGGCGGGCAGCAGCAACAGCAACAGCAGCGCGGUCGGGACGCACCACCGCUCCGGCAACGCGUGGGUGGACCUGCUGGUCGGCAAGCCGCAGUCGUACGUGCGCAUCGCGCUGACGGUCGACCUGUCGCUGUCGCGGGGCCAGGUCCCCUCCGAGGCCGACUUCCCCAAGGCCCUGCAGGCGCUGUGCCGCUCGCGCCGCCACGACGUGCUGAGCGCCGCGGCGGCCGUGGAGACGACCGACCUCGGCUUCUACGAGUGUCUGCAGCAGGCGUUUGGGGCUGGGGCCACGGCCUGA